UCGGCCUACCACAAGAAGCCCGACACAGCCGUGGCUUAUCAGAAAACCACCAAAGAUUUCAGAUUCUAUAUUAAGCAUCUCGAUCAAACCACCAGCGUAGAGGCUGCUGAGGCUUAUUGGAAAUCCUCCUUGCAGGAUGCAACGCCUGCAAGUUUCCCACCGCUGGUGCUGACCUCAGUACGCCAGCGACCUCAGCCUGAUUCGACGCUGCAACACACCAUCCGGUUAGCACAAGGUAGCACUCAGCACACGAGCACUUGCAUUACGCUCCCAACCGUUGUCCGUGCUGCGUGGGCUAUUCUUAUAGCUAGAUACACUGACUCGAGUGAUGUAUUCUUUGGGACUGUCGUUUUGGGUCGAGCUGCCCCGUUGCCUGGAAUUGAGAGUAUCGCGGGGCCAAUCGCGAGCACAGUGCCUGUGAGGAUCACAGUCGAUUCCAAUGCAUCUGUGUCCGACUACCUGCGUCGGGUACAAGACCACGCAGCGGAGAUGAUGCCGUUCGAGACAUUAGGUAUGCAGAAGAUCCAACGUCUGAGCGAGGGUGCGCGGGCCGCAUGCGGUUUCCAGAACCUCCUUGUUAUCCAGCCUAAGUCUGCCUCUUCCGCCAAUUUGUGUAAAAACAAGACUGCAAUUGUGGUUGACGACCGCUUCGGCCCUGGCCCUGACAACCAGGUCAUUAGUGGACGUACCGCCCUUUUCAAUGCACUAUAUGUGGUCUUCACCUCCGGAAGCUCAGGAGAACCGAAGGGAUGUGUUAUGGAGCUCUGCUCCAUGGUACCUAAUCUCGCACAAAGCGCUCUCUUCGGGCCUUCCGUGCGCAUUCUCCAGCUGGCGUCAUACAGUUUCGGCGCUGCCAUCGCUGAGAUGCUCGCAACUCUCAUAUACGGCGGCAGACUUUGUAUUGUGACCAGUAAGGCUCGAGCACGCCUUCCUCUAGUUCUUAAAGAAAUGAACAUCAACUACAUGUUUAUGACACCCAGCUUCUCGCGGUUGAUCCCCCCGCAAGCGAUAUCGACUGUGAAGACACUCAUCAUGGGUGCUGAAAGCUUGACCCAGUCAGACCUUGAGAAAUGGGCUCCUCAUGUCAGUCUAGUGCAAGGAUACGGACAGACAGAGUGUGCCACUAUCAUGUCGUGCCAUCCCAAUAUGACAGCCAAAUCGCAUCCCAGGAAUGUCGGCAGUCCAAUGUCUUCGAGGUUCUGGAUCGUAGACGCUUCAAAUCCUGAUAUCCUAGAUCCCAUCGGCGCCACGGGUGAGAUACUCAUUGAGGGCCCAAUACUGGCCCGGGGAUAUCUCAACGACGCUGUAAAGACGGCAGCAGCUUUUAUAAAACCUCCAAUCUGGCGCGGUAACUUCCCCACGCUCGGCACUUGCGAGCGUCUCUACAGAACAGGUGAUCUUGCAUGCUUUGCUGAUGAUGGCACUCUUAUCUUCAUGGGAAGAAAAGAUAACCAGGUCAAAUUGCGAGGCCAGAGAAUCGAGCUAGGUGAGAUCGAGCAUCAUCUGCGACGAGCGAUGCCAAGCGCAAAGGGCGUCCUGGUGGAGUUGGUCGAGAAACCUAUCUCAGAGACCGAAACUCACUCCGCCUUGGUAGCCUUCGUUGCCUUGGGCCCCGACGUUGCUUCUAAUGACUUGAGCAACAUUGAACCAUCCGCAAUUGAAGCGCUGCACAAGUUGACUUCUAGUGCUACUCCAGAGCUUUCGCGUUUCCUGCCGCCCUAUAUGAUUCCAUCGGUCUAUCUACCGCUUGGCGCGAUACCCAUGACCACAUCUGCCAAGGUCAAUCGGCGAGCACUCAGAGCCAUCCUAUCCGAUUUGUCUGUGGAUGAACUUACAUCGCAUAGCCAAUCUAAGGUGGCCAAACGUGAACCCUCCUCUCCAAUGGAGAGGCUACUGCAAAAGCUUUGGUCGUCCGUGUUGCCCAUCGAUCCCGACUCCAUUGGGGCGGAUGACCACUUCUUGCAAGUUGGUGGCGACUCUAUGAGUGCUAUCAAACUAGUUUCACUAUGCCAGUCCGAAGGGUUCAAGCUAUCCGUUGCUGAUAUCUUUGAAAACCUGACAUUAAGCAAGAUGGCGGCGGCCUUGCGAACCGAGUCGACAACUGAGCAACAGCCGCGAGGCCAACACCAGCUUUCUACUGCCAACACCAAUAAAGACGAAGUUAUAUCGGAUCUCAUUAGCCACGGCAUCGUCAACAGUCAUGAUGAAGUGGAGGAUGUGCUAGAAGCGACAUAUAUGCAAGCCGUACUUGUGGCUCGCGGGCUGAGAGAGCCCAAGGCUAACUAUAUAUCACUCCACUUUAAGAGAGAAUUGGACUUUGCCCGCCUAGAAGCUGCUUGCCGUACCCUCGUUGAGCGACACCAAAUCCUGCGGACAGUCUUUUUCGCCCGGCGACAACAGUUACUCCAAGUUGUGUUGCGGUCGUUUUCGGGAGCCUUCCACCAAUACCAGUGCAACAACGAUGAGUCUCUUGAGAUAUUUGCAGACAAACUGAUAGAAGAAGACGCUUCAAAUGACAGAGCCUCUCUUGGCAAGUCGUUCAUUCGAUUCAUGUUCUUCGACGGGGGCUCCGCGGGCUUCCGCCUCACUCUUCGCAUCAACACGCACACAAGCGACUCAUCAAUUUGGCCCGGAUUCUCUAGUUUCAUCUACACCGCUCGCGAAAUGCAUGACGCUGGCGCUGUCGAGUUCUAUCGCGAUUUGCUAGAUGGUGCUUCAAUGACAGAGAUCGGUCUGCACCAGAAGCCUCCCUACUCCAACUACCCAGCCAGCCAGUUGCUAAUGCGACGAGUCCCCCGGGUCGAGUUUCCGGAGCGCGGAAUCACCUUUGCCGUCGUCCUCAAGGCUGCUUGGGCCAAGGUUCUAGCUGCCGUGACAGGACAGCCGGAUAUUGUGUUUGGAUAUCUCGUCAGUGGACGAAGCCUGCCCAUGGCGCAGAUUGAGGACAUCAUCGGUCCAUGUAUCAACGCCGUUCCUGUUCGCGUAGAUACCAGGAAGGCAAAGACGAAGCUCGAGCUGCUGGAGAACGUCCGAGACCAGAACCUCCAAGGAAUGCCCUACGAAACUUACCUAUGA